AUGCCCCUCACACGCUUUUUACCAAUCCCGCCUGUUUCAACCUCUCCUUCUAUUCCUAUAUUUUUUGUUCUCCUCCUGGGCAAUAUGUUCGUCACACGAUGA